CCUUAACUCGUUCCAUCCUUGUCCCUGUCCAACUCUCAACACAUUCCACCCUGUCCCUGUGCCAUUUCUGUCCCCGAUCCCCUUCUCAUCAUGUCCUCUUCCUAUCUCAUCCCACUCUUUUCCCAUCCUACUCGAUCCAAUUCUGAUCCCAUUUCCUGCCCAUCACAUCCCACAUCCUCUCCAUCCCAUUCCUAUUGCAUGUUGUUCCAUCUGAUCCUAACCUGAUCCCACUCCUAUCCUCCAAUCUGAUGCUACCCCAUCCUCUUUGUGUACCAUCCUGCCCUGCCCAUACCACACCACCUUGAUUCCCCCCACACAUGCUCUCCACCUUACCCCAUUCUACUUCCCCAUCCUGAUCCCAUCCCACUCUGAGCACCUGCUCUCAUCCCCCAGCUCCCUGCCCUAGAGGGGAAUCCCCCAUCUCCCUGCUUUCCAGGAGGGGCAGGCCUGACACCCCCUCCCAGGACACCACCCUCCUGCCCCACCAGCUGCAGCUGUGACGGCUCCUCAUCCUGCCUGCCUGUGGGCAUUUAAGAGCCAGGGGCAGCCUAGGGAAGCAUGUGCUGGGCAGGAUGGCUACAGGAGAGCAGCAGAGGCCGGAGAAGCGGCGCCGGCGCAGGGCUCGGCAGCAAGAGCUGCUCCCAGAAGAGGUCCUGGACAAGCACCCCCUGCAGAACAGAUGGGCACUGUGGUUUUUCAAGAAUGACAAGAGCAAGAUGUGGCAGGCAAACCUGCGCCUCGUCACCAAAUUCAGCACUGUGGAGGAUUUCUGGGCGUUGUACAGCCACAUUCAGCCUGCCAGCAAGCUCUCAUCUGGCUGUGACUAUUCCCUCUUCAAGGAUGGGAUCGAGCCCAUGUGGGAGGACAGCCAGAACAAGCGUGGUGGGCGCUGGCUCGUCACCCUGUCCAAGCAGCAGCGGCACACCGAGCUGGACCAUUUCUGGCUGGAUACGCUGCUGUGCCUCAUUGGGGAGAUGUUUGAUGAGUACAGCGACGAGGUGUGCGGGGCUGUCAUCAACAUUCGCACCAAGGGGGACAAGAUUGCCAUCUGGACCCGGGAAGCGGAAAACCAGGAAGGGGUCACCCACAUUGGGCGUGUCUACAAGGAGCACCUGGGCCUGUCACAGAAGGUGACCAUCGGGUACCAGGCCCACGCAGACACAGCCACCAAGAGCAGCUCCCUCCCCAACGCCAAGUUUGUGCUGUAAUUGUGGGGGUAGCAGUGAGCUGCUUGUGGGGUCCCCAUGUACUGUCUCAGAAUGAAUGACUGCAUCUGA